GCCUCUCCCCGCCUCGGGCCGCCGCAGCCACUGUGGCUGCUCCGCAUCUCCAAAAGGGGCCCUCCGACUCCUCGCGAGGCCAGUGGGGCGCUGGGUCGUGGAGUUCGCGCACAGCUCCCGCGGGUCACUGAACGGGGGGAAUCUCUUCUCCCCUGAGUUACGAACAACUUUCCCCCGCCCCUGGCGCUACGGUGGCUCGGGGACCGUGGCCGCCGCAGGUUGCUGAACCCCGACCCCGCUCCCCGCGCUCGCGUAGGUCGCUCUCUCGCUCUGCGUGCACCCGGGGUUGCCCAUCUCGGCUCUUUGGGCGACAUGCCUCUGGGACGCAUCAUGAGACUCGAUCUGGAGAAAAUCGCCCUGGAGUACAUCGUGCCUUGUCUGCACGAGGUCGGCUUCUGCUACCUGGAUAACUUCCUGGGAGAGGUGGUGGGCGACUGCGUCCUGGAGCGGGUCAAGCAGCUGCACUACAACGGGGUCCUGCGGGACGGCCAGCUGGCGGGGCCGCGCGCCGGCGUCUCCAAGCGGCACCUACGGGGCGACCAGAUCACGUGGAUCGGGGGCAACGAGGAGGGCUGCGAGGCCAUCAACUUCCUCCUGUCCCUCAUCGAUAGGCUGGUCCUGUACUGCGGUAGCCGGCUGGGCAAGUACUAUGUCAAGGAGAGGUCCAAGGCAAUGGUGGCUUGCUAUCCAGGAAAUGGAACAGGUUAUGUUCGCCAUGUGGACAACCCCAAUGGUGAUGGCCGUUGCCUCACCUGCAUCUAUUACCUGAACAAGAAUUGGGAUGCCAAGUUACAUGGCGGUAUCCUGCGGAUAUUUCCAGAAGGGAAGUCAUUCAUAGCAGAUGUGGAGCCCAUUUUUGACAGACUCCUGUUCUUCUGGUCAGACCGUAGGAACCCACAUGAAGUCCAGCCUUCCUAUGCGACCAGAUACGCUAUGACUGUUUGGUACUUUGAUGCUGAAGAAAGGGCAGAAGCCAAAAAGAAAUUCAGGAAUUUAACUAGGAAAACUGAAUCUGCCCUUGCUGAAGACUGACUAUGUCUGAAAUCCGCUGGCCUGGUUCAUUUUAAUAACGGUCCUGAACUCUUUAUGAGUUGAGAUCCAAAGACGGCUUCUUCCAUGAGCAUAAAUUCCCCGCUCCACUGCUUGCGUCAUCCACAUCCCUGUCUUGUGUGUGGUACUUCACAUUUUCUUGCCAGGACUGCAUCAACCUUCAGACACUCUCUUCACCAGAUGAACUUGAUUGCUGACUCCAGAAAUACCCGCAGAUAAUGUUGUUGGCCAGCGGUUUAACUGAGAAAUUUGGGAAUAUUGACUAUCAAAACAAUAACCUGGGAGCAAAGGAGUGAAUCUUAUUUGCACUUUAUGAACACUUUCUGAUUUAAAAGGAGGAUGGCAAAAAACAAAACAAAAAAAAUUGCUGACAGAUAUCACAGAGAGGCAUCACUUGAAGCCUUAACAGCAGGAAGCAGAAAUUUGUGUCAUCUGAACAAUGUCCAGAUGUUGCUAAUCCAGGGCUGUUGGGGUCUCUAGAGAAUUACCACAACCUAAUGACAUUAUUACCUCUGAAAAGGGCUGCUGUCAUAGUGAUCAAUUUGUAAGUGUCUCAUAGGUGGACACACUUUUUUCCUGGUCCUUCAACCUGGACGUUCUGCCCCAUUUUGCUAAAAGUAAUGAAUUCUGAUGGAAGAUGUAGCAUCAUUUAUUCUCUAUUUCCACUUCUUACUUGGAGUACCUAGUUACCCAGAGAACUAAAACUUGAUAUGGAUGGUUUUGGUUGCUUUGUUGGAAUGGAAGUCAAAUUUAAAUAAAAAGAUAAAAAUCUGUCUGGUAACAUAGUGUCAGCCUCUGGUAACAGUGUGGAAAGAGCUAGACCUACUGAUAAACAAUAAAUGUGCAUGUAAAUCCUUGGAGGGAAGAUGGAGUUGAAAGUGUGGGCUUGCCUGGUUUUUUUCAGUAUUCCUUUCUAAUGAGCUCACCCUACUUUAACAAAAUUAAAAAGGGUGCUGUAUUUUUUAAAGGAAAUGUGAAUAAAACAACAAAAAAACCCCAAAGCUUUUGAUUCUUUCAUGUUGUCUGUUCCUGCCAGCCUUUCUUCAGCUCACUUGACCCUUGGUUGGUAGUG